AGGGGCGAGAGCGCGGUAGAGACGGGCGCAUAAACUCAUUUGACCACGUCUGUUCUCUCAUAACCAGCCCUCUACAAGCUGAAAGCCGUUCUGCAAGAGAUGUUUGGUCUGUCUUUGUCGUAGGGUGUACUCAUAAUUCGAGGAGCGGUCAGAGGAUUCGAUGUACGUGGACCAGUGCCAUAUAUUUAGAUAAAUAUAUGGAUCUGCUGUGGAUUGAAUGUGUUCUUCACACCGGCAGUUUUAAGUCGUCGGAGUGAACCGAGUUUUACACCCUUGGCGCUGUGCUUUUGAUGGCGUUCUUGCAGAGGACUGGAGACUACUGCCACGCUCAACAUCCCAGAGCAUAGGCUGAUCCAGGGGAGGAUGCCCACUGCUCUGCCUUCUCCGCCUAAUACCCUGCACUGAUCCCUGGGUACCAACGCAUCGAGGGCUCCCUGCCUCCCAGGACUCUCCACACCCUAGGUCUGUCACUCUAAGACCCUCUCUCAGGAACCCUAAUGGGGUGAUUGGACUAACUAUUCCACUACUCUUCAGUGAAAGCCCCAAGACCUCAUCUAAACCAACCACAGUGACCCUCCCAAGGAUCGACCAACCCGAGGACAGACUUGUAUUUAUCUAUCUUCUUAAAGGAGGGACCGGACUGAGAACGUCUGCAGGGUUAAAGGAGACAGGAGUUUAGCCCACCAGCGACCGUGGCCACCGUGGACGACCAGUUUGUGGUCCCCUUGCGUCCCUGUCCGUGUUGCGUUCGCACCCCCAGCUGGGUAAGGGUUGUCAACAUGGCCCGUAUGAACCGGCCGGCGCCGGCCGAGGUGUGCUACAAGAACAUGCGGCUGCUCAUCACGCACAACCCCACCAACUCCACCCUCAACAGCUUCAUCGAGGACCUUAAGAAGUACGGAGCCACGACGGUAGUGAGAGUGUGUGAGGUCACCUAUGAUAAGGCUCCAUUGGAGAAGGAUGGCAUCACUGUGGUGGACUGGCAGUUUGACGACGGUGCGCCCCCUCCCUCUAAGGUGGUGGAGGACUGGCUGAGUCUGCUAAGGUCUCGUUUCCUGGAAGAUCCGGGCUGCUGCGUGGCCGUGCACUGUGUGGCUGGACUGGGCAGAGCCCCGGUGCUGGUGGCGUUGGCACUGAUCGAGAGUGGGAUGAAGUAUGAGGAUGCCAUCCAGUUCAUCAGACAGAAGCGCAGAGGGGCGAUCAACAGCAAGCAGCUGACCUACCUGGAGAAGUACCGCCCCAAACAGAGACUGCGCUACAAAGACCCACACAUCUUCAAGAACAAGUGCUGCAUCAUGUGACCCCCAUUUCCAUCCUCAGCCAAUCAACUGCCUGCCACCUGAUCGAUCUGACCCGAAUGGAUAACGACGAUGGACGAGUCCACAGCCAAUGCACUUUGUGGCUGAACUAUGAGAACUAUGAAUCAUGAACUGAGCUAAGCAGCUCCACCAAGGGAAGGGUGUGAUGAGUCUCCCUGGUGCCUAAAGAUGGCUCUUACUGAGGGGGCCCAUGGAUCAAGCCCUCCUUGAAUCUGACUUUUUAUCCAAGAGCCAACCGGAGGUAGCUUGGAAUGGAUGGUGAAAGGGGCACAGGACGUUGACACAUUGAACUCCGUCAUCACCAUGGGGUUGUGCCUCGCUGCAAAUUAUUUGACUUGCAGUUGACUUUGUCAUUGUACCUCCAACGCCCCCUUGCUACCAAAUGGUGGUAACGCCUCAAAUCAUUGUCUGAAAGAGAGACAGCUUUGGCUGUAUGAAUAUGAAACCAAUGUGAAUCAUAGGGGGGGAAAUGUUUGUGCCUGGUUGCCCUUUAUCUCUCUGCCUACAGUAGGGGGACUGAGCUGUUUUCUGUUCACUCCUUGUUCCAAGGUUAAUGCUAUCCAGAAUCCUUAGGACAUCCUUAACCCUUACCUAACCCCAACCACAACCCUUACCUAACCACAACACCAUCCUUAACCCUUACCUAACCCAACCAUAACCCUUACCUAACCCCAACCUCAACCAUAACCCUUAACAUUUUAAAUUUAAACUUGAAUAGAGAGAAAUAGUAAUGCUGUCUUUUUGUAGCCACUAACUCUGCCGUGGUUCGUUGGACAAAGCCUAUGGGGAAAUUAAUGCCAUUUUGUUGGGUUUUUGGAUAAACGCCGAAAAUAAAGUCUGUGGUAAACACCGGCUUAGAACACAACGUACAAGAUCUCCUAUGAGAUAAUCUUCAUCAGCUAAUGUCGCUUUUUGUGAAUUCUGAAGCAUUUAUGUAAUCAAAAAAGCGCAUAAAGGCUUCAUCUGUAAAGGUCAUGUUAACUGACUGAUAURAUCUCAUAGAACAAAACAUAAAAUCUCCUAAACCUGUGUUAACCCUGACCUUAUUUUMGGCUUUUAUCCCAAAACCCUAUUCUUUCCCCAUUUAAUUUUCCACAUAGGCUAUGGCUGAACGAACCUAAGGUAGCCUAUUUCCGUUUUUUAGGACUACAACCUGGCGAGCUCUAUGGGGUGACGUCGAAGUUGGACGUUCCAAGGAUACCGGAUAGCAAAGACCCUUGUUCCAAUGCCCUGAUAAUGUGUUUACUGUAAUAUAUUUUUGUCAUGAUGCUACUUUCUAGCUUUAAUAUUCAGUGGUCUUGCAGAUGAGAACAGGUGGGAAGGUUAUAGGAAUAAGGUGGGGUGCACUUGGAUGAUAACCAACAGGUUUAUUUGUACUGUACCUACACUAUGUAAUUGAUGUUAGGACAGMUAGGACUAUUCAGUUACACUGGCUCAUGUGGCAAAUGGGUGUAUGGGACGAAGUAGCGUGAAGUUGCCCCUAGAUGCUGAUCUUGGGUCAGUUUAGKAUUUUCCCCACUAAUGGUUAAGGUUAGGAUUGGUUGAGGGUAAGCUGAUCCCAGAUCUGUACCUAAGGGACACCACCCCAGAGCGUAUAGGACAUACACUGUGAGUGGAGCACACUUGGGUGGCUCUAUGUGCAUAUCCUGUACUGAAACGUGGCCCUCUCUUUCUCUCUCUGCACCAUGCUUUUUGUUACAUGGAGGSUGUACGCUGAAUCUACCCACAUGGAGUAAAAUGCCGUUGAUAAAGUUUAUGGUCAGUGGCCUGUCGAGGGCCCUGUGAUUUAACCCACCCGCUCCCAUCUGCAUAGCUGGUUAGGCCUACGCAAAAUGAAUUGUUGUUUUCUAGUUACUAGCCCAGUUUCUCUGAUAUCAGGURAACUCUUGUACAGGUGUAGUUAGUUUACACCUCACCAGACAGACACACAGCCUUGUCUCUGUUCUCCGCAUUGAUGUCGCCUUCUUCUGUCAGCCUUUGAAGAAACCACCUUCAGUUGUAUAGAAAUAAUAAAUAUUUCAGUCAUCCACUGUC